AUGAGUCGUCAAUUUCCAUACUCGAGUGCGCCGCUCCGUUCCGUCAAGGAAGUGCAGUUUGGUUUAUUAUCACCAGAAGAAGUAAGGGCCAUAUCAGUGGCAAAAAUAGAGUAUCCUGAAACGAUGGACCAAACCACAAAGAGACCAAGAGAGGGAGGAUUGAAUGAUCCACGUCUAGGAUCUAUCGAUAGAAAUUUCAGAUGUCAAACAUGUGGUGAAGAUAUGGCAGAGUGUCCUGGUCAUUUUGGUCACAUUGAAUUGGCUAAACCAGUGUUCCAUAUUGGGUUUAUUGCUAAGAUUAAGAAGGCCUGUGAAUCUGUGUGUAUGCAUUGUGGGAAAUUAUUGUUAGACGAAACCAAUCCAGCUAUGGCCCAGGCUAUAAAAAUCAGAGAUCCUAAAAAGAGAUUCAAUGCAGUGUGGUCCUUGUGUAAAACAAAAAUGGUGUGUGAAACCGACAAUAACGAGGAUGAAAUGACCGACCAACCUUCUCGUGGCGGAUGUGGACACCCACAACCAACUAUUCGUAGAGAUGGGUUGAAAUUAUGGGGGACAUGGAAGCAAAACAAGAAUUACGACGACAACGACCAACCAGAACGUCGUUUGUUGACCCCACUGGAAAUCUUGAAUGUUUUCAAACACAUUAGCCCUGAAGAUUGUUACAAGAUGGGAUUCAAUGAAGAUUAUGCUAGACCUGAAUGGAUGUUAAUCACAGUUUUACCUGUGCCACCUCCACCUGUGAGACCAUCCAUUGCAUUCAAUGAGACUGCAAGAGGGGAAGAUGACUUGACAUUCAAGUUGGCAGAUAUCAUCAAAGCUAAUAUAAAUGUCCAAAGGUUGGAAACCGAUGGUUCACCACAGCAUGUGAUAAGUGAGUUUGAAGCCUUGUUGCAAUUCCAUGUGGCUACAUAUAUGGAUAACGAUAUUGCAGGACAACCACAGGCUCUUCAAAAAACCGGUCGUCCAAUAAAAUCUAUUAGAGCAAGAUUGAAAGGUAAAGAAGGUCGUUUAAGAGGUAACUUGAUGGGGAAACGUGUUGACUUUUCAGCUCGUACUGUCAUUUCAGGUGAUCCUAAUUUGGAUUUAGACCAAGUGGGUGUGCCUAUUUCCAUUGCAAAGACAUUGACUUAUCCUGAAAUUGUUACACCUUAUAAUAUCCACAAAUUGACUGAGUUGGUUAGAAAUGGGCCGAAUGAGCACCCUGGUGCCAAGUAUGUGAUAAGAGAUACAGGUGAUCGUAUUGACUUGAGAUACAAUAAGAGGGCAGGGGAUAUAGCCUUGCAGUAUGGAUGGAAGGUCGAACGUCAUUUGAUGGAUGAUGAUCCAGUGUUAUUCAAUCGUCAACCUUCGUUGCACAAGAUGUCGAUGAUGGCACAUAGAGUCAGAGUCAUGCCUUACUCCACGUUCAGAUUGAAUUUAUCGGUGACAUCACCAUAUAAUGCAGAUUUCGAUGGGGACGAAAUGAACUUGCAUGUCCCACAAUCACCAGAAACGAGAUCAGAGUUGUCGCAAAUUUGUGCGGUACCUUUACAAAUUGUCUCUCCACAGUCGAAUAAACCAGUGAUGGGUAUUGUCCAAGACACAUUGUGUGGUAUUCGUAAGAUGACGUUACGUGAUAUUUUCAUUGAAUAUGAUCAGGUUAUGAACAUGUGCUACUGGAUUCCAAAUUGGGACGGUGUGAUCCCGCCACCAGCUGUUGUAAAGCCAAAACAAUUGUGGACCGGGAAGCAAUUGUUGUCGUUGGCAAUUCCAAAGGGUAUCCACUUGCAAAGAUUUGAUGGUGGUAGAGACUUGUUGAGUCCUAAAGAUACCGGUAUGUUGAUUGUUGAUGGUGAAAUUAUGUUUGGUGUUGUUGACAAGAAAACUGUUGGGGCCACCGGAGGAGGCUUGAUUCACACGGUUAUGAGAGAAAAGGGACCUAAAGUGUGUGCUGAAUUGUUCAGUUCUAUUCAAAAAGUGGUCAACUACUGGUUAUUGCACAAUGGGUUUUCCAUUGGUAUUGGUGAUACUAUUGCAGAUGCGCAAACCAUGAGAGACGUUAAUAAGACUAUUCAAGAAGCCAAGCAAAAAGUGCAAGAGAUCAUUAUUGAUGCCCAACAUAACAAACUUGAGCCAGAGCCAGGUAUGACAUUGCGUGAGUCCUUUGAACAUAACGUAUCACGUGUUUUGAAUCAGGCCCGUGACACUGCUGGUAGAUCAGCGGAAAUGAGUUUGAAAGAUUUGAACAAUGUGAAACAAAUGGUUACUUCGGGGUCUAAAGGUUCGUUUAUUAAUAUUUCUCAAAUGUCUGCGUGUGUUGGUCAACAAAUUGUCGAAGGUAAAAGAAUUCCAUUCGGGUUUGGUGAUCGUUCUUUGCCACAUUUUACAAAAGAUGAUUAUUCACCUGAAUCUAAAGGUUUUGUUGAAAAUUCUUAUUUAAGAGGGUUAACUCCACAAGAAUUCUUUUUCCACGCCAUGGCUGGUAGAGAAGGUCUUAUUGAUACUGCUGUGAAAACAGCAGAAACAGGUUAUAUUCAACGUCGUUUAGUCAAGGCAUUGGAAGACAUUAUGGUUCACUACGAUGGUACCACCAGAAACUCGUUGGGAGACAUUAUACAAUUCAUCUAUGGUGAAGAUGGUAUAGAUGGUACCCAAGUUGAAAAGCAAUCAGUCGAUACAAUCCCAGGAUCAGACGAAAGUUUUGAACGCCGUUACAAAAUCGAUGUUUUGGAUACUGAAAAUGUCAUUUCUGAAUCAUUGCUUGAAUCUGGAAAAGAGAUUAGAGGUGACGUGCAGUUACAAAAGAUAUUGGAUGAGGAGUACAAUCAAUUGUUGAAAGAUCGUAAGUACUUGAGAGAAGUUUGUUUCCCCAAUGGUGAUUUCAGCUGGCCAUUACCAGUGAAUUUACGUCGUAUCAUCCAAAAUGCUCAACAGAUUUUCCACAACGGUCGGUACAGGGCAUCUGAUUUACGUUUGGAAGAAAUUGUUCUUGGGGUGAAAGAAUUGUGUAUGAAAUUAUUGGUUGUUCGUGGUGACACUCCGUUAGUCAAGGAAGCACAAGAGAAUGCAACGUUGUUGUUCCAGUGUUUGUUGAGAUCCAGAUUGGCUGCCAGACGUGUUAUUGAAGAGUUCAAGCUCAACCGUGCAUCUUUUGAAUGGGUAAUGGGCGAAAUUGAAACGCAAUUCCAAAAAUCUAUUGUUCAUCCUGGUGAAAUGGUGGGUGUUGUGGCAGCUCAAUCUAUUGGUGAGCCUGCCACCCAAAUGACCUUGAAUACUUUCCAUUAUGCUGGUGUCUCAUCAAAGAAUGUUACAUUGGGUGUUCCACGUCUUAAGGAAAUUCUUAAUGUUGCCAAGAACAUUAAAACACCAGCAAUGACAGUGUUCUUGGACCCAGAAGUUGCUUCUGAUAUUGAAAAGGCAAAGAUUGUACAAUCUGCCAUCGAGCAUACUACAUUGAAGAAUGUCACUUCAUCAACAGAAAUUUAUUACGACCCUGAUCCUAGAACAACGGUUAUUGAGGAUGAUUAUGAUACUGUGGAAGCAUAUUUUGCUAUUCCAGACCAAAAGGUUGAAGAAUCUAUUGACAAGCAGUCACCGUGGUUGUUGCGUUUGGAGUUGGACCGUGCGAAAAUGUUGGAUAAACAAUUGACCAUGGCACAAGUUGCGGAAAAGAUUUCGCAGAAUUUUGGGGAAGAUUUGUUUGUUAUUUGGUCUGAUGAUACUGCUGAUAAAUUGAUUAUUCGUUGUAGAGUUGUCAGAGAUCCUAAAUCAUUGGAUGAAGAUGCCGAUGCAGAAGAAGAUCAAAUUUUGAAGCGUAUCGAAGCCCACAUGUUAGAGUCUAUUUCUUUGCGUGGUAUUCCAGGUAUUACUAGGGUAUUUAUGAUGCAACAUAAGGUCAGUCACCCAGACGAAACUGGUGAAUUCAAGCAGGGCAAGGAAUGGGUUUUAGAAACCGAUGGUGUUAAUUUGGCAGAUGUUAUGGCCGUGCCUGGUGUGGAUUCGACACGUACUUACUCUAAUGAUUUUAUUGAGGUGUUGUCUGUUUUGGGUAUUGAAGCUACGAGAUCGUCUUUGUACAAAGAAAUUUUGAAUGUCAUUGCGUUCGAUGGUUCAUACGUCAACUACCGUCAUAUGGCAUUGUUGGUCGAUGUUAUGACUUCCCGUGGUCAUUUGAUGGCAAUUACUCGUCAUGGUAUUAACAGAUCCGAUACAGGUGCGUUGAUGCGUUGUUCGUUCGAAGAGACCGUUGAGAUUUUGUUGGAUGCAGCAGCUGCUGCCGAAUUGGAUGAUUGUAAGGGUAUAUCAGAGAAUGUGAUGUUGGGACAAAUGGCACCUUUGGGUACUGGUUCCUUUGACUUGAUGGUUGAUGACAGAAUGUUGCAAAAGGCACCAUCGAGUAUGGCUAUGGAUGAUAUUGCUGAUGGUGGUGGUGCUACUCCAUAUAAGGACUACGAGAAUGCUAGAGAUGAGAACAUUGACAUUGACGCAGGUGCUGGAUUCUCACCAAUUCACAUUGCCCAAAUGAAUGAAGGAAAUAUUGGAGGGUUGACGUCAUAUGGUGGCCAGCCUACCUCGCCUGCUGCCACGUCGCCAUUUAGUUAUGGAUAUAACUCGAUUACAUCUCCAGGGUACACUUCACCAGGAUAUGGUUAUUCACCAACGAGUCCAAGUUACUCACCAACGAGUCCAAGCUACGCUCCAACAAGUCCUGCAUACUCACCAACGAGUCCAAGCUACGCUCCAACGAGUCCUGCAUACUCACCAACGAGUCCAAGCUACGCUCCAACAAGUCCUGCAUACUCACCAACAAGUCCUGCAUACUCACCAACGAGUCCGUCCUAUUCACCUACUUCACCACAAUACUCACCUACUUCACCAAGUUAUUCCCCAACAUCUCCAUCCUACUCUCCAACGAGUCCAAGCUAUUCUCCAACGAGUCCUGCAUACUCCCCAACCAGUCCAUCUUACUCGCCAACGAGUCCGUCCUAUUCACCUACUUCACCACAAUACUCACCUACUUCACCAAGUUACUCUCCAACUUCACCACAGUACUCACCAACUAGUCCUUCAUACUCACCAACAUCGCCACAGUAUUCGCCAACGUCUCCGCAAUACUCGCCAACGUCUCCGCAAUACUCACCAACAUCGCCACAGUAUUCACCAGGCUCUCCGGGAUAUGAGCCAGAGCCUCCUAAGAAGGAUGAAAAUUAG